GCUGCGGCGUCAUGUGACGUCACACUAUAAUCUAAUUAUCUGAUUUAAAAUGAAGAUUGCAGCAUUACAACAUAUUCUCUUUCAUUCAAGCAGAUGUUUUGUCAUAAACACAAGUCUCGGACACAUUUAAAAUCUAGAACUUCCUGCUAAGCCACAUUACGCAUAUGAGAGACUCUUAGAAGCCGUCUGAGAAGAAAGGUCAUCAUCAUGAGACUGUCUGCUUUACAAAAUCUGCUGUUCACAUCAGUCCUGUCCCUCGGCAUUACAACAACAGCAACGACAGCAGAUUCACUGACAGCACCAGCAAUAUUUUACCCGUUCGGCUCAGCGGCAGGAGACACAAAUAAUCCUGCUGAUGAUGAUGGAAGCUCUCCUGUUAUUCAGCUGUCGAGUUCAUUUCUGUUCUUUGGCCACUCGUACCAGAACAUUUCCGUGAAUAAUAAUGGAUUCUUCACAUUUAACCAGACUUCGUCAGAAUAUGUUCCCUACUCGUUUCCCGCUAACAGAAAUCAGGAUAUAAUUGCUGGUCUCUGGACUGAUCUUGACAACCGUGUGAAAGGAGUUGUUUCAUAUCAGCAGUACAUUAAUGGAGGUCUUCUCACAAACGCCACUCGGGAUAUAAAGACAUAUUUCCCAGAUCUGAACUUCAACGCUUCUUGGGUCUUCGUUGCGACGUGGGAUAAAGUCGCUUACUUCCCCAAAACCAACACAGAAACUUCGUUUCAGAUAGUUUUAAUUUCAGGCGGUAAUUAUUCCUUUAUUCUGAUGAAUUAUGGAGACAUUGCUGUAACAACACAUCCAGUGCAGGCUGGUUAUGACACAAUAAACUCCACAAACUACUUUGUGAUUCCUGGAUCAAACCUCAGCAGCUUCAUCUCAAACCUCAGGAACUCCAGUAAUGUUGGUGUUCCCGGUCGAUGGGUCUUCAGGGUGGACAGCGAACCAGGAAACAGCAUCUUCAAAAACAACGUUCUUGGGAUUCGAUUCAGACUUUCCUCAUUUUCAGACGUGACACAGAGUGGAAACUCUGAGCAGCUUCUACAGCAGAUAAAACAGGAGCUGGUCAAGUACGGUCUGCCGAACAGCGUCGAGCUGAAGUUAAGAAAAACGCAGAAGAUAAAUCCGUAAUUACAGCCUCCUUCAGGAAAAUGAAAACCGGUUUGUUGAACACCUGACAACAAAUAUCCCCGAUGACUGAUGACGUAAAAACUUUUACAUUUACAGAACUAUCUCUCACUUAAAAUCACUGUAGCGUUUAAAAAUGAGCAUCUCAGUGUGUGGCUCAAUAUAAAUAAUACUGUUUGGCAAUUACGGUCAACUUUUUUGUUUUCUAUGCAGCACACUAUUCAGUAGAACAGGAAAAUGCUGCAUCACAUAGCUCUAACAGGACGGGGUAAUGCCAUUGUUCGGCUCAGUUCAGUUUGUUGAUUUGGUUCAGUUUAGCAUAAGGUUCAUCAAUUGUGAUACAAGUUCAGCUACACUGUGGUUAUUCAUCUCAAGUCAGUUUGAUUUAUCAAAAAACUGUCAAUUAUGUGCGUUACCAUGCUGUGAAUUAUGAAAGAUUGUUAAUUAUCCGUCAUCUUCGUGUGCUCCCACCCACGCCACCAUGUGACAAUAAGCUCAGAUGAACGUGCAAAAUUACAUUUGCUUUGAACAUGUAUUUGUUUUAUAUUAUCAGUUUGAUUACUUUGAUGGUACUCUUUAGACAGCUGUUGAAGUAACUCUACAGCUACACAUCCACCACCCUUUAUUAGACUCUAUUAGACUAGAUUAGUGUUGUCUGCUAAAUCUAUGCUAACGCUUUAUUUUGAUGGUUCCUCCACAGACAUAAUGAAUACAGGAUACUUCGUGAAGUAUGUGAACAAGUAUGUGCACGCUCUAGCUGCCCCAUUACAGAAAUUCAAAAAAUUUCCUUUAAAAUACCAUUACGAAUCCUUUUUGUGUGUUUUGGACAUUUUUCCAAUAGGAUUUAACCUCCCACCAAUAGAAUCCAUCACAUACCAGUACACAACAUUACAGUUUCCAUUAAAACCAAUACAAUUCCCAUUAUAACCACUAAACCCAUUACAUUUUCUGUUAUGUUUUGUUAUAACGCAUUAUGAGGUUUUUAUAAUGCAUUUAUUAUAUUGCCUUAAGAAUACCCUUAUAAUGUAUUAUAAACAUGGGCUUAAUAGAGUGUUUUGACCUUGAAGGCAUGUUAACCUGCUGUUUGGGAAAAUGCAAACCUUUUAUAACCUAUAUAAUAGGGGCGCUUUAAAGCUUUUUGCCUUUAAAUGAGUGCCAGUCAAAAAAAACUAAACAAAAACAACCAGAAGCCACCUACAUCUGAUAUGAAAAUACAAUGCAUUGAGUCUGCUGAGAAAUAAACAACCUUUACCAGCUUUACACAGGGUUGGCUUCAGAUGUACUAUAUGCAGGGCACCAUACCAGUAUAUACACCACCAAAAAUGCAAUAACGUAAUUUUUAAAGCAGACUUUGUCUUUAAAAAAGUCUUAAAGGAAUAGUUCGCCCCAAAACUGAAAAUGUUCACCCAUAUUGUACUCAUCCCGAAACCAUACGUGACUGGGUAAAAACACAGGUUCAUAAAGCAUAACAGAAGACACGCAUGAUACAAAAUGUUUUCUUUAGUGGACACAGUCAUACAAAGAUUACAUUACAUAAGUUAGAAAAAGUAAAAAAAUAAGUAUACCUAUGACAAACAUAUUUGAUGACCCUUUCAACAUUGCACCCAUAAAUGGAAAUUUCACCAUUUUUUCCAAAAGAGAAAUGUAAUUUUUUUCCCCCUUAAGAUUAGAGCCCAUAAGAACAAAAACGAACUAUACAACAAUUGCACUAUAUUACAAAUCACUAAUCACAGCUUUGUGUGAGAAGAAGGCUCCUCUUUACCAGAUAUAACUGGAUUUGUGAAACUGAUUGUUAUCUAAUUUUAUAAUAAUCAUUAAACUUGCUCACAUGAGAAA